AUGGCUCCCUCGUCAGACCAGGCCAUGUCUCGGCCGGAGUCGGCCAUCUUUUCUCCCUCGAUAAAGACACACUCCCGCUCGAGAGCCCAGAGUAUAUCGAGCGACAGACCGUCUACCAUUGCGGCCAGCUUAAUGUCACCCCCGCUGACCGUGUCCCCUGAAGCGGCCUUCAUCGCCGCCUCGGCUGCUUCGCAAAUCGUCACCAACGACCACGACAGUCAUGCCGACGCUUUACUCGAUCAACAUGGCAUCGAGCCAUCCAGCGAACCCGCCCUCGUCUCUCCAGCCGCCCUACACCUUGUCAACAACUUUCUCGAUCACCUGCUGUUCAACUUCAUCUCAGUCGCACGCUCAGCUACCCUAGCUUCCCUCCGCCCAGCCAUAACCGAAGUCCUCAAGCCAAAACUUGCCAAAGAUGUCAUCAACCAGGCGGAUGAGGAGUUGCAGGAAUACAUGGGUGACUCUGAGGAGGAUGCUCCGAAUCCCAGCGCCGCCAAAGACUGGGACUUGGAGCUGAUCUGGAAACGGACGCGGCUCCGAUGUAUGGUAUACUCGUCACUCGGUGACAUGGAAGAGGAGGACGAGGACUAUUAUAUGGAGAAGGAGCUCCUCAGCCCACGGCAGGAGGACCAGACUUCUGAAUUGGUGUCUUCUGCUGUCUCCAUAUUCUUGACCUCAAUCAUUGAAUACCUGGGAGAACAAGCGCUGAUCAUUGCGGGGCAGGCCGCCUUUCAACGCAUUCGUGUCAAGUACGAGAAGGAGUUGAAGGAGGGCCUGCGCAAACCCGGCGAGUCAACCGAACAAAUUGUGGUCCAGGAAUUUGACAUGGAGCGGGUCGCGCUUGAUCGUACUCUGGGAAGGCUGUGGAGGACGUGGAAGAAAAAGAUUAGAUCUCCCGUGAUCACCAUUCUAGACAGAGGCUUGUCCCACUCCUUUUCGAGGGACUCAAUGCGCUCGUCUCGUGCAACACCGACGCACUUGCGCUCGCCCAGCGUCACAGAAACCCCAGUGACCCCAGUACCAGAAACCAUCCCGGAGCCUGCGAACGAAAUAGAAACCAAGGUUGAUGCGAACAAGACCGAGACCAAGGAGACAGCCAAGGAGGAAGAUGUGGAAGAGUGUCUGGUUGCUGCCGCCAUUCCUUUGCCAAUGGGUGAUAAUGACGUGGAAGAGAUCCAAAGCACUGGUUUGUCAGUUCGAUCUCGGAGCAGAGACGGAGCAGAAGAGAGAGCUGCUCGGAAGAGGAAGGUGCGGCCACAGAGCUUGAUGGUCUGGCCCGUGGCCAAGCCUGCUAACCCGCCCACUCCUACUCUAUCGCCAUCGCAUGCUCCUCUGUCAGCUUCGAAGAAACGCUCCAAUUCGCUCCCAACACCCACUGCCACUCCCAGCGGUUCGCCCACACGAGCAAAGGCACAGGCGAGCGAGCUUGUACCCCUUCCCGCAGCUGAUGAAAAGGAUGUCGAACAGUCUCAGAUUUCAGACGACAAGCAACCGGCACAGGACGACAAGUCAAAUGUCCUUGAAGAUGCAACAAUGACCCCAGUUGGAACUUCGCUUGUGGAUGCCCCUGCCUCUCCACAGGAGGCCGAGGCGGCGCCUCAAACGCAGAAGUCCGGUGGUGUUGCAACCGAUGAUGAGAUCAAAGUUAGCGAUGAAAACGAAUAUGACGAUGAGUCUAUGGACGAGGAACCACAGAUUCUCACCUCGUCAAGGAUAUCCAUCUCUGGCCGAAGUGCAUCUCCGACGGUGUCUGAGCAAGGAAGGCCAGCACCCAUCAUCACGACCAUGGGAAGGACUAGAACCCCUAGCAUCUACUCAGCACGCUUGAUCGAGGUAACCAGUCCUCGCAGCCCUGGCACGGCCGCCCGCAACAGCCCGACACUCGAUUCAAGCGAGCAUAUGCGCUUGUCACGAAGCAGUAGUCUCAGGACGGCUUCAAUUACCGAGGAACGAUCACGAUAUUCGCCGGACAGUGCUUCCGGGGCACGGAUCUCCGGGCACGGCGGUAAUAAAUCGGCGUUAUCUGCUGAAGUUGCCCCCGAAGAGGUCUCUCCUGUUACGGAUGACGGUGCUCUCGAAGCGAUUCCUGAGCCUCCUUCGCCAGAGGGUUUUGAGGGUCAAGAUAUGUCGAGUGGCUCUAACCCAAUUCUAGGCUCGGUUGCGGAGCGUGGGUCUCCCGGCUCAUCUCCCAUCCGCUCCACGCCCAAGAUUACAACCCCCACCGGUUCGUCUGGGACAUUUUAUUUUGAAGAUAGGCCCAAACCACCUCCCAAGCACCACGCCCAAAGUCGCCCGAGGGUCUCCGUGAUCACGGAGGUUGCUGCGCCAGAGAUGUCUGAUCGGAGUCCCAGCAGGAGGGCUCGCAGUAACCUUUCUGUGGAGGACCAACCGACUUCGAUCGGGAAAAUAUCUGUGCAACGCUCUCGUGGUCGCAGCCCAUCUGAGACGGGCUCUCUUCCUCGGUUCCCGGAACCGCCAAAACCUGGUGUAAUGGUGCGACAGGAAACGGCCAGCUCAAUAUCGUCAUCGUCUACAUCGACGAGGUCGUCGAACAAGCUGAGGCUGGUAAGGACUUCGGAGGAAGGCUCAGCAGCGGCGCAAUCCCGGGAAGAUGUCGCGCGAAACUUUGAAGAGCUCAUCCAGAGCGAUCAGACCAUCCAGUUCACGCUAACGCCCGAAAGCAUGCGAGACAUUGACUCUCAGUCAACACGGUCCACCGGUAGUCCCAUCAUCGCUGUUAGAACCAGGAAGAGCCUGGAUACCCGUCGCGACUCAGAUCGGUCUCGAUCAUCGUCGUCUAAUCGCAAAAGAGAUGCCAAGAAGGAUAAGGAUGCCCACUCGCAGCAUCCCAUGCCCGAGUUGAAGCGCAACAGUAAUAAUAGCACAGCAUCCGGCCCGAUCCUGCAUGCAAUUCCACAACCCCCACGUCCGCACCCGCCGCAAGCGAGAGACCCAAGAAUAAACCGGGAGUCGGUAGCAGACUUCGCCGACUUCAUUCGCGCAACGGGUCCAACUGGUAUCAACACUGCCGUCAUGAACCGUAACUCAGGGCAGCAAAGCGGGCUCCGGAAUGUCUCCGGGCCUGUUUCUCCCCCUUCUGUUCCCCUUAUCACUGAGGCUCCCCGACCGACCACAAACAACAGCAACUACAAUCGUCUGCGGCUCACAGCUCGUGAACCCCAGACUGACAGGGACGAUAACUCCGAUCUGAUCGACUUCAUCCGUCGCGGCCCACCUACCGCGGGCAAUCCACGGAUCCCGCAAGCAGUCGCUCCUUUCCGGAGCACGUUGGACUCUGAUCAGAUGUCUAUUCUCGAAGUCGGCGGUAAAGCUGUGGAUGCCCAGCUACGCGAUGUUGAUGUCAGAAACAGCCAGGCCUCGACCGAUAUCACCAAUAACUCGAUGCAUUCAUUCCAGUCAUCGGUCAACUCGCAGAGUGCUCUGCUCAGCAGGAAUAAGUCACAACAUAGCACUGCAACCGGGCGCUUCGAAGGAAUAGAGGAGGACGAUGUGGUGAUGCCAAUGCCGUCAGCCAUGCCACAGCGCAAGCGUCGCGGCCCACGAGACCCGUAUGCCAUCGACCUUACCGAUGAGGAGGACUUCGAUGAGGAUGAUGAUUACCCGGUCAAGCCAAAACGACCACCGACAAACGAGGAGAGCUUGAUGGACUUCUUGCGAAACGUUCCUCCGCCACCGGAACCAGUUGUUGCUCCCGUAAUGACAUCGCCCAAGGAGCCACAGCCGAAGAAAAAGUCAAGCGCCACGAGCUUGAUGUCACGAUUUACUAGACGCGAAAACAAGUCGAACGUCCCUCCAAGCUCGUCGAGCAGUAUGAGCCCCCAAAGCCCCGUGAGGUUCAAUGAAUCCCGAGGCCUUAGCAGUCGUGCCAGCGCCAACAGCGGAAGGGGCUACACACCGAUCCAAGUUCACAUGCCUCCCGGCGUUGAUCAAUAUGCACCACCUUCCUCCGUCAACCAAAACUCUGUCAAUCACAACCAAAACAUGCCAAUGUCACGAGGGCGAGGCAUGUCACAAUCAAGCGGCACCACGGCCCCGCGUGUGGCCAUGAAGAGGUUUGAGCCAAGGGAUGCCUACGUAGCUCCCACCUCGGGAAUCUCUGAUCUGGCUUCGUUCCUGAAGAACUCGACGCCACCACCUAGCAUGGGAGCUGCGGCGCCGUUCGAUUUUGGUGGGCCGACGUCGUCGAUUACCACUGCUACAGGUUCGAGGGGCGGGGAUGGGGCUGGAGAUUCUCAUAGUUUCUCGAGGGUAUUUUCAAGGAGGAGUAGGAAGGCGAGCGUUGUUUGA